AUGCAAGACAGGAUUAUCUUCAUCUGCGUUUUUCUUAUGGUCUUACAUUUUACUUGCGCCAACAACUCGAAUAUUAUCUUUGAGGUCGACGAAGAACAACAUCCCCCAGUUGUCCUGGGCAACAUCGCCCUUAGAGCCGGAAUUACCUCAAUCCCAGACCUGGACUUCUCGCUUCUCACCAGAAAAGACCUCUUUGAAAUCGACGAAAGCACCGGAGAUUUCCGGGCAAAGGCUGUCCUUGACCGAGAGAACAUCUGUGGACCAGUUCCGAGGUGCGUCAUCCCUGCCUCUGUUGCCGUGUCUUCAGCCCCGGACUUCUUCCAGAGAUACACGGUCAGUGUGGUCGUCCUGGACAUCAACGACAAGAAGCCCGUCUUCAACACAGCAUCGUUCCCAAGAAGCAUCAGCGAGCGAGCCGACAUCAACACUACAAUCAAACUUCCGGUUGCAAAUGAUGGUGAUUAUGAACCGAAAUUUAAAGUUCAAGGCUACCAUUUACUUCCGGUUUCCCAGAAAACAUUUGGACUGGUUGUCCAUCGAUUCAACAAAUCUGAUGGCUCUGCUGACUUUGAUCUUCACCUGAAGCUUCUUCAAAAGAUUGACAGAGAAGUUAUUGGCUCGUACACGUUGACUUUGGUGGCGUCUGAUGGAGGAGUCCCAGUCAACGAGGGGAGGCUACUUAUUCUCCUAAGCGUGUUGGAUGAGAACGACAACAGACCAGAAUUCAAAGACCCCGCUUACAAUGUGACGGUACAGGAGAUCACUUCUGUUGGCGCAAGAAUACUCAACGUGUCUGCCCAUGACGCUGAUGAUGGCGAAAACGGGCGAGUUGGGUACGAGUUCGCCACAGAUGUAGACAAGAAGGUCCUGCAUUACUUUGAGAUUGAUCGUUCUUCUGGUACUCUGAAGUUACUAAGAAGUCUUGAAAGCGAAGGAGGGUCUACGUUUUCAUUCAGGGUUAGAUCGUUUGAUCAUGGAACGCCCACGAUGUUCUCGGAGGUAACACUAACAAUUUUCGUGGAGGACACGAUCAACAACCCCCCGAGUAUCAGUAUCAGUCAGUGGAAGUCAAAGAAUGAUACUUCCAUUGUGUCAGAGGAUGUGUUGGUGGGAACUAAAGUUGCUCUUAUUGACGUCCUCGACUCUGACUCGGGCAGCAACGGCGAGACGAGUUGCACAGCAUCGAGUCAACACUUUAUUUUAGAAGAAUACAACAACGCAGGAGAGUACACAAUCUCAGUGGCUAGAGAUUUGGAUAGGGAGAAAACCAACACGCAUUUAAUCAUCAUCAUGUGUACCGACAGAGGAACACCGCCGCUGUCUAGCACAGCUCAACUGUUUGUUGCAGUUGAAGACGUGAACGACAAUCGACCAACCUUCACAAAGAAUUCCUACGAAAUGACGGUUCUAGAAAACGAGGAGGUUGGAGUACUGGUUGGAAAUGUCUUUGCAAUGGACACUGACGAGGGUCAAAACGCCGUUGUCCGUUACGAUCUAGAAUCCGGAGUUAUAGAAUUUGAGAUUAACGAAUCUAACGGAUUUAUUUAUACUUCAAUGAAAGACCUUGACCGCGAGGUUCAAGACAGGUACGUUUUUAAAGUCUACGCAAUUGACCAGGGGUCACAACCUUUGACAUCUACGGCCACAGUCACGGUCAAUAUUGCAGAUGUCAAUGACGAAUCUCCAAAGUUCGAGAACUCGACUUAUAUCUUCUUCAUUUCCGAACAUACAGGGAAGAAUACGGUAAUUGGUCAGUUGAAAGCUGUAGACCAGGAUCUCGGACUUGGUGGCGAGGUAGAAUACGUACUCAUUCACUCCCCGGUCCAUCCUGAUCCACCGUUUUCUCUUUCUCAAAAGGAUGGAUCAAUUAGAGUUACCCAGCCGCUGGAUUACGAAAAAAUCAGGCUGUAUAACUUUGUUGUAACGGCUGUCGAUUUCGGAACACCACCCAAAAACUCCUCAGUUGAGAUUCAUAUUCAUAUUCAGGACGAGAACGAUAACUCUCCUGUUAUUGUUUUUCCCAGCAAAGAUAACUUCAGUGUGACCCUUAACCUUCAGGUGUCACCAGGUCACGAGGUGAUCAGGGUGAGAGCUCAUGACCUAGAUUCUGGUGAAAACGGGCGCUUGAGUUACUCCAUCGGCGACUCUAUCAGUUUGACCACCAAAUUGUUUUGGAUAAAUGAAGAUACAGGGGUUAUCGCACUGGCUGAUGAUCUUACAGAGACAAAUGUACGAAACUACAAUGUUGUUAUCAGCGUGCAAGAUAACGGCACUCCUCAGAGGGUAUCCCAAGCACUUCUACAGCUCGAUAUCAUCGAACAGACCUCGCAAAGAAGUGCCAAACUUUCCUACACAAUUAUUGUCAUAAUUAUCGUCUGCACUACAUUUUUCAUCGUCGCCAUUAUUAUGGUCAUCUUCUGUUCAGUUUGGUAUUUGGAUAACCGAAAAGUUUACUCAAAUAAAAGCAACAACCUGACCUUUGAACCCAUAAAUCAACAAAAAGAUAAUAUUCAAGAAGAAGUCGAUAACGACGAAUUUCAGCAUAGUAUUAUCUCUGGUUUUCCCAGUCAAAAACAAAAUGCUUCACUUCAAAGUCCAAGAUGUGAAAAUAAACUAAAAAACAGUAAGAAAUCUGUUACAUUUGACAAGGCAAUUAGGAACUCAGAUACCUCUAUAGCCAUUGAAUCAGAUGGCAGAGAUUCAAACUCCUUCCAUAACGGAGAUACAACAUGCCCUGCCAAUACUAGCCAAGGAUUACUAUACAGCCCACACUUCCCUAGAACCUUCAAAACAUUUGGAUCAUACAGCUUAAGUAACAGUCCUAACUGUCGUUUGGUUAAUCCUUCUUGUACUAGUGAUCGAACACACAAUUUGUUGCCUUCAGUGUUCAGUAAAAAUUAUACACAUGAUAGUAGAGAUGCAGCCUCCCUGGAAGGCGAGAGGGGUUCGAAUUCAGACUUUUUAGAGCUUGGUGCUAGUAUAAAUAUGAAGGGCACGAGUGGAUGUAGGAAAGUAAACGCGGCAGAUGAGAUGGUUGACGUGGCCUUAGAGAGACACAACGCCCUCGUGAGGUCAAUGAGAGAUCAUGAAAGAAUAACUCUGAGCACAGGAAAAAAGGUAAGUCAGAGGGAAACAAAUUGUUUCGAGGAUUACUGUGUGUGUGAGUGUGUGCGUGAGUGA